UGUUUUUCUUUCUUUGUUUGAACAUAUACAUAGCUAACAUGUCAUCAUAUUAUGUAAUAGCAGGUAUGAAUUAAAUUUUGUUUUUUUAGGCAAUUUGCUGGUGGCAAGGAUGAAGCGAGCUGUUGACGUGGAAGAAACUGCAAAAUCAGAAAUUGAAAAGUUAUGCAGGUGCUUUCCGUCUCACAGCAUUUCAAUAGAUGAUAUUCGUGAGUGGAUGAAGGACGAAUCGACUUUUUUUGGUCGUGAAGUUGAGACUGAAGAAGAAGAUUGGAAAUGCAAGUACGUUAUAUACCUGGACUUGUACGCUGAUCUUUACCAUCGAUGGAAUGGUUGCACUGAUCCAAGUGAACUGACUGUUCCAUUUAAUCAGAUGAAAAAACUUGACGAGCAGUUGAAGAUCAUGGAAAGGGAAAACUCAAUUUCUGCACGCAGGCAAAAUACUGACUCAGAGUACGAAAAUGCAUAGGCUUGGACCAUGGAGUAAGUUUGUUGAUGAAGAAACUAUUGCUAAACCAUCUGAGAAAGAGUCGACAAUCCUUGAGGAGUAUAAAUUAUCGACGAAAAACAAAUCAAAGAAAGAUGAUAUGAAACCUUCAGAAGAGAAAUCCACAUUACACAUUAAAGGUGCAUAUGACUAUCAAGGAAGAUCAUAUCUUCACAUUCCACAAGAUCUUGGCAUUAAUCUCAAGUCAGAUACUCCUCCAGAACGAUGCUUUCUACCAAAACAACAUAUUCAUACGUGGUCUGGUCACACUAAAGGUGUUUCUGCAAUAAGAUUCUUUCCGAAAUCUGCUCAUCUUCUUCUGUCGUGUAGCAUGGAUUGUAAAAUUAAGAAACUGCAAGAUGAUAUUCAUGUAAGCACCAACGGCUCUGUUUUAGAAAAUCUAACAUAAGACGAGGAAUUUUACCCAGAAUGAUACAGGAGAUAUUAGACACACGUAUUAUGGUAAAGAAAGCUAUGAAAGAUUGUAAAGAUGAU